CUUCAGUCGGGGCAGCUGUGCGGAGCGAAGGCUUGACAAGGGUGCGCGAACCGUGGAUUCACAAGAAAAUUAAUUUCGAGUUUUCUAAAAACAGUGGAUGUAGAAAUAUUGUUCUCUGUGCUUCAUAUUAAUCUCGUAUCUAAACUACUAAGAUAAAAACAGCGUGCCUGGAGGUUCAUUGCACAUAACAGAACAGAACACUCAAAUUAACAAAGGACAUUUAUCGAACCACAAUGAAGAAAUCAGCAAAACAGAAUUGGAAUCUGAUAGCGACAAACUGCUUCUCGUUUGGUUUGCCUUUGAUAAUGGUAGCAGCCAUACUUGUAGUCCUAACAGCAUGCCCUAGUAUCAUCUCGGCGGACGAAACAGGAACCAACUUCUUUCUGAAAUCGUCCAAAAGCGUGCCUCGAAUAGGUCGACGCAGCGAAUACGACUUCCUGAAGGCGUCGAAGGAAAUUCCUAGGAUUGGACGACGUCGUGAAAUGUCUCCUCUUACUCCGGGACGCGAAUCGGCCAUGUGGCCUUGGUUCAGAACCGCCGACACAAUUCCAGGUCCGUCGAGGCGGUCCAACUACUACCUACAUGAGGAAGGCAAGCCCUUGUCAUGGACUUCUGUCGAAAAAACAAUGGAAGAAGCACCUGAACUGUGGAAGCCUGACCUCUGGCGAAAGAACAGCGAAACCUUUCCUCUGAGAGACGACUUUGACGUGGAGCAAGUUGUACGAAGGUCGCCUGGACGUUUCGGCAGUACCAAAGAAAUCGAUGAGGGUCGAAAUCAAGUCGAAGUUUAAUACUAAGAUUUCAGUCUGUUUAUUCAUGAAUAUAUUGCAGAGGAAUGUUUAUUCCCAAUAAUAACUUAUUACUAACUUAUUAAUUAACACUAACCUAUAUAAAAUAUUUUAUAUCACUUAAUGUAUUUGCUAUACAAUUUAACAUUUUAUGGCAGAAGAUUGACGCAGUCCCAUAGCAGACUCGUCAGGUGGAACCGGACACGAAAAAAUACUAUUUACAGUUUGGGUUUCUAUAUUACUUUGAAAGUUAACAUUUAAAUUUUGCAACGAAAGUGGCGUCCAUAGAAAGAUUUUGUCAAAGAGAAGGGAAGUUUAAUAUGUCGAUCACGAAUAUAUACUUAGGCAUAUAGAGAGAACUUUUAAUUUCCAUUUUAAGUAUGUGAGCAUGUGGAGAAACGUUUUCGAAAUCAAAAGGCAGUGAAAGUUAUUUGCAACCGAAAUGUUUAAACUAAAAUAUUAAUGUCAGUUUUAAGGAUUCAAUGCGGAGUCCUGGAAUUAAAAUUGAGUUAUUAAACCUUCGUUGGUCUUAACUGAAUUCAGAAACACUUUACAAACACUGAAAUACAGUGUAAUAUUCUAGUCAAUUUAAUAUAUUUCGGGGGAUUUGUUAGUUAAACGUAAGUAUUUUACACAGCACUUAACAUUUUAAGACUUUUACAAUACUUGCAUUAUAGCGCUAAUUUUAUCCAAUUACAGAUAAGUUAAUAGUUAAACGUAUGAUGAAUUCUUGUAACUGUGCCAGCAGAUUUUAGAAUCAGCAUUUUAUUUCGAAUGGUUAGGUGAGUUAAUAUAGUCCUAUAGAAGUUGUACAAAUUUUAAAAUUACCAUAAUAAAUAAAUUCGCAUAUCUCUUUA